AUGGCAGGCUUCAGCCAACUGGCUGGGCUGCCAGAGAUCGUGCGGGACUCUCAGCUCCCCGCAACGUUCCGCUGGGAGGGCCAGCAGCAGUUCACAAUCCACACUCAAGGUGCGAGUCGGCGCGCCAAACAGAGCCAGGAAGUCUGGGCGCACAUGGGCACAUUGGGCCAGGGGGGCUUUGGAUCGGUUGAGCUGCAGGCCAAGCAGUCGAAACGGACUGGACAGACGAAGGAGCUCCGGGCAGUUAAGUCUAUCCGGAUCCCAGAGGAUGAGCUUAAUGAAAACCGCGAAUUCUAUGUGAGAGAGCUUGAGGCCAUCGUCAAGUUUUCGCAAGCACGGUAUGGAGAGCUCUUUGUCAAAUCAUAUGGAUGGUUUGCGUGUCAAAGCGUCCUCUACAUCGCCAUGGAGUAUUGUGAAUUGGGGGAUCUGCAGAAAUACCUGUUCAAGAAGUGCCAGGAUAGACGAUUGCCUGAGAACCAGGCUCACGACAUUGCUUCCCAGGUGCUCGACGCCUUGACGAGGAUGCACGAAGAGAAGUUUGCACAUCGCGACCUCAAGCCAGCGAAUAUUCUGAUUAAAAGCCACCCGCCUACCCACCCGUGGGUGGUGAAAGUAGCAGACUUCGGCAUUAGCAGACGGGAUCAAGGCACGACAAUGAAUCCAACAACCAGUGUGCGAGGUACCGGUUCUUUCAUGCCACCAGAGCUGCUCGGUUUCAGUGGCGAAAACUCUAGGGCUGUGGACCUUUAUGCAGUUGACAUGUGGUGCUACGGAGAAACCUUGUUCAGGAUGCUGACGGGUGGCGGUACAUUUGAAAAGCCAGCAGACUUGUACGGGUAUUAUUUCGGCCAUGUGAAAUUCCCAAGAGCUAUUCUUGAGGAGAUCCAACUCAGUCCUGCGGUGAUUGACUUCCUCCAAUCUCUUCUCACCUGCGACCCAGCAAAACGUCUUACAUCGGAAACGGCGUUGGAUCAUUCGUGGAUGGAAACGGAUUUCCACGGUUCAGAUGCAUCAUCUCGCAGAACAUCCCGUCGCUUAUCUUCAACCAAACCAUUGGAUAGUAUCGACCCUUCCAUGUUGGAAAAUACCAUUGUGCAGAUGGCCCAAACAGAGAACACAGACGCCUCGGCCUCCUGGACGGAAAACUUCUCGCAAAUGCACCUCGACGAUUAUCAACAGACGACUGCAUUGCACCAACAGACGGCACCUUACUCACAAAACCAUCCUGCUACAUACUCCCCCAAUGUGUCAGUCGGCAGUGAACAUACUCCAGCUACGAAUUCCGAAGGUAACCAUCCAGGCUUGCCGACCUUCAACAUGUCUUCUGGGAAUAGAAGGACAUCAAACCAAGGCGAUCCGCUGAUGGAAGACACUGCAGCAUCUCUGUCUUGGACCUCCGCUUUCCCAACGAGUCAGACUUUUGAAGGAAAGGAGCCUUUUGUUGGCGCUGAUACACCCCAAGUUCAACCCCCACGUCCAAGUUUCACACCUCCUGUAAAUUCCCCGAGUCAAAGAAGACCUCAGAUCAGUCCCACACCUGAAGACGAGUCAGAGGCUACUUUGGUCCCAAACCCGAACUCGCAAAACGAAUCCAAGGCAAAUCACAUUGGAGCAUUUGAUGAAGACCUUUAUCCUUGGACUCAAAAGUCGGCCCCUAUCACCCAGAGAGAGGACUCAGGGUUGGCAGGCAUCCCCCAGAGCCCACCAAUUUCAGAUAGUGCCACGCAGGGAAAGCAAGCCGAAACCGCUGCACAGCGCCAUGACGUCGUUUAUGUUGAAAGAUCCACCAACGAAGAGAAGAUCGCCAACCUCAAAGCUCAAGCGGACAGAUUCCGUGAGAAUAAAGAAUUCGAGUCCGCGAGGGAUUACUUUACAAAUUUCUGGGAAAGUGAAAGGUUGACCCUUGGUGAAGAGCAUCCCGUCUCAAUUUUUGCUUUGGAUUGUCUUAUAGAGGUAUUGGAAAUUCUAUGCGAGUACAACACAGCGGAGAAGUUGUGCAGAAGAAUGGUUACUAUUCAGAUGAGGACACUAGGAUCGAACCAUCAGAACACGGUUACUAGCAAAAGCCAACUCGCAUAUUACCUCAGAAAGCUUGACCGGUUCGACGAAGCCAUCUCCCUAUAUCGAGACAUUAUCAGCUUCUGCAGACACAACGGAUAUCAUUCUUUGCUCUGCGAAGCCUUACACCAUCUAGUCUACGUUUACCUAGAUAAGCGCGACGUCACACACGGUGAAUCGGCAUUCCAAGAGUAUAUCAAGGCAAGAGGCAAUGUUCUGGGCCAUACGCACGAGCACAUCAUCGAUGAUGUUUAUGAGUUCGCCAUCGCCUUAUUCCGCAAAUACGCUUACUAUUCAGAAGCUUCCAGAGCAGCGCAACGAUUCUUCCAGCUUACAGACUCUUUAUCGCGGAACGGUGAGCCUCUCUCGCGGAAGACUCGAUCCCAACAAGAGGAGUUGAGGUUGCUGUUCGCGAGUCCCCAAGUCACGCCUGGCAAGAAGAACAUUCGGCCCCAGCCAUCUCCGACUUACGGAGGUGCGGCGUCCCACCACAACACUCCUCCUAUACAACUCAAACCGUCACCGUCUUAUUAUCCUGACAGCCCUAUGCUCAACACCAGUGAACCCAUACGUCUGAAACCGUCUCCUGCUUACAGCUCAUCAUCUCCUUCUUAUUACGAAGAGACGAAUAAUUUUAGCAAUUACUCCAGUAAUUCAUUUCUCGGCCCUGAUGGUGUUGUUGAGGGCACCGGUGAUCAAACUUACGAUCAAUGGAAACAGUCAAAUACCACCCAACCCAAAGAGAAGAAGAAGAGAUUGAGUAAACUAAGAGAUCUUUUCUCGUAA